AUGUCUCCAGCCGCCCUCAAUCCUAUUGCGAAAACCUCAUUCGAGGAUCGAGGUUCCAAGACAAAACACCCCUUAACAGCCUACCUCCUCCGUCUCAUGACCCUCAAGCAAUCAAAUCUCUGUGUCAGUGCCGAUGUUUCCACCGCCGGCGAACUUCUCCGAUUGGCAGAUUCCGUUGGUCCAUCCAUCGUCGUCUUGAAAACCCAUUAUGAUCUCAUCAACAACUGGGACUAUAACCCAACAACAGGCACAGGAGCGCGCCUCAACCGACUCGCACGUCGUCACGGAUUCCUCAUAUUCGAAGACCGAAAAUUCGGUGACAUUGGAAAUACCGUGCAAUUACAAUAUACCGAAGGCACUGCCAAGAUCAUCGAGUGGUCGCAUAUCACAAAUGUCAACAUGAUACCUGGGAAAGCCAGCGUCGAUUCCUUGGCCGAAGCAGCAGCACGAUGGAGAGAGCGCAAACGUUAUGAAGUCAAGACGAAUAUAUCUGUUGGAACCCCCCGACCCGAAAGCAUUGAAAGCGAUGAAGAUCAAAUCACCACUCCUAUAAAUCUGAAUAGCAAUUCCAAUGAAGUCACAGAUGGUUCGCAUGGAUUAGAGGCACACGAUGAGGCCAAUAUUGGACGAAAAGCUAGUAUCGUUUCUAUCACCACCGUGUCGCAACAUUUCGAACCAGCCAACUCGCCACGCUCGCGCAUCGAUUUCGAUAUUGAGGAAGAAUCAUACCCGGGAAUCGAUGAGGCGCCUUUGGAGAGAGGGCUUUUGAUAUUAGCACAAAUGAGUAGUGCAGGAAAUUUCAUGACGAGGGAUUAUACGAAUGCAUGUGUGGAGAGUGCGAGGGAACAUAAGGAUUAUGUCAUGGGAUUCAUCUCUCAGGAAACAUUAAAUACGGAUCCAGAUGACGAUUUUAUUAGUAUGACUCCCGGAUGUCAAUUACCGCCUGAGAAUGAUGAGGAUGCAGAAUUGGAGGGUGAUGGAAAGGGGCAACAGUAUAAUACUCCAUCGAAAUUGGUAGGGUUGGGUUGUGAUAUUGUCAUUGUAGGAAGAGGUAUUAUUCGCGCUGGAGAUCCAAAGUGGGAGGCGGAGAGAUACAGGAGGAAGGCUUGGGAAGCAUAUCAAGAGAGAGUUAAAGCUUAG